AUGGAAGCAAUCUGGACACCAAAGAAAGCGCCCCUUGGCUGUCAGAGGGGACAAAGCCACAUGGACAACCAAGACAAAGAUGAUGUACUGGCCCUCUUGACCCGUCUCUUUCUUGGGCAGACAGGCCAUGAGCUAGGCUGGCACCAAGAGGAGGUUGACUCGGAGGUCCCGGGAGUUGGUGGUGUCGCAGAUGGGGAGCAGGUAAAAGAGCCUCCUGAGAUUAGUUUAGUUCUGUAUCCUCGAGGAUUGACUGGUAAUAAAGAAAGCUAUGUCAAAGUUGAUUUGUGUGUCAAAUGCCCACAGACAUAUCCUGAUAUUGUCCCUGAAAUAGAGCUAAAAAAUGCAAAAGGCUUGUCAAAUGAAAACAUUAAUUUACUAAAAAAACAAUUGGAGGAGUUGGCAAAACAGUGCUGUGGAGAGGUAAUGAUAUUUGAGCUUGCAGACCACAUACAGUCAUUUCUCAGUGAGUACAAUAAGCCACCUUCUAAAUCUUUUCAUGAAGAAAUGCUAAAAAAUCAACAAAAAGAACAAGAGAGACUGGCCCAAGAAGAAGAGCGUCAGAUUCAAGAAGUUAAAAGAAGAGAGGAACAGGAACAACGUGAAAUUCUUGAUGAGAUUCAGAGAAGGGAGGAGGAGAAAAGAGAAGAGAAAAAAAAGAAGGAAAUGGCAAAACAGGAACGUUUGGAAAUUGCUGCUUUGACCAGCCAGGAAAAUCCUUCUGGAAAAGAUACUGGAGGGCUCAAAUAUGGUACCAAUUUAAAUGGAGGCUCUCUGGAACAUGGAGGGAACAAUAAACAUCGUGCACAUUCCAUUGGGCGUUCAAAGCGGGAACGUCAGUAUUCUGUGUGUAGUAAUGAAGAGUCCCCUGGAAAUCAUGAAGUUUUGUAUUUCAGUAUUGCUGGUACUGGGCAGCUUGUUGUCCACAAAGGAAAAUGUAUAGAUAGGGAUGAGCAGCUUGGUAAAUCAGUCUACAAUGCCUUGGAAAUACGGAGUGGCGAUUUUGUCUUAGUACACGAAUGGGUUCUUCAAUGGCAGAAAAAAAUGGGAAGAUUUCUUACAAGUCAAGAAAAAGAUAAGAUUGAUAAAUGCAAAAAACAGAUUCAGGGUACAGAAACAGAGUUCAGUUCGCUGAUGAAGCUGUAUCACCCAAACAUAGUACGUUACAUAUCUAUGAGCCUUAAAGAGCAUGACGACUCUAUUGUGGUAGACAUUUUAGUGGAGCAUGUUGGUGGAUCCAGCCUUUCUACAUACCUGAGCAAAGAGACCCCUAUUCCCAUUGAUCAGCUGCGCUGUUAUGCAACCCAGCUUCUGUCAGCUCUCGACUACUUACACAGUAAUUCCGUGGUGCACAAAGUUCUGUGCGCUUCCAGUAUCCUGGUAGAUGCUGAAGGGAAUAUCAAGGUGACAGACUACAGCAUUUCAAAGCGCCUUGCUGAUAUCUGUAAAGAGGAUGUUUUUGAACAAACUAAAGUUCGAUUUAGCGAGGAUGCUCUACCCAACAAAUCUGGAAAAAAAGGAGACGUUUGGCGUCUGGGCUUGCUACUGCUUUCUCUCAGCCAGGGGCAAGUUACCAGGGAAUAUCCAGUCACUGUUCCUAAUGAUUUACCUGCUGACUUCCGAGAUUUUCUGCAAAAAUGCGUUUGCUUGGAGGAUAAGGAGAGGUGGAGUCCUCAGCAGUUGUUACAACACAGUUUUAUACACUCUUCCCAAAUGAAAAUACCUGUAGCAGAAGAAAAUGCAGAUGAUUCGGCAGGAAUAGAUUGCCUAGAGACAGUUAUUCCCAGUGGUCAGGUGUCCAAUGCUGCAUUCUUCACAGAAACACAAAGGCAAUUGUCACGUUACUACAAUGAAUUUGAAGAACUACAGCUGCUUGGUAAAGGAGCUUUUGGAGCAGUCAUCAAGGUACAAAAUAAGCUUGAUGGCUGCUGUUAUGCUGUGAAACGUAUUCACAUAAAUCCUACCAGCAAGCAGUUUCGGAGAAUUAAAGGGGAAGUAACAUUACUUUCUCGUCUAAACCAUGAGAAUAUUGUGAGAUACUACAAUGCUUGGAUAGAAAAACAUGAGAGCCCCCUCCUGAGUGCAUCAACAUCAGAAGCUACAGGAGAGAAAAAAAUCUUCACCAAGUUAGAGCUUAAUGGGAAACAUGAAGGAGAAACUAUGGAUGAAGUGGAGGCUAAUGCCCCUCCCCCUGUUUUGACCAGUUCUAUUGAGUGGAGUACCUCCUGUGAAAGAUCUUCUAGCAAUAAAUUUAGUGGAGCUAAUCAAGAAUCUAGUGAUGAUGAUGACGACGACGACGAUGGUGGAGGGGUGUUCUCACAGUCAUUUUUACCAACCCCGGAUUCUGAAAGUGAAAUCAUAUUUGAUAAUGAAGGUGAAAAUAGUAAAAGUCCUUCUCUGAAUGAAGAACACAGUGAAAAGAAUAGUCACAGUGAAGAAGAUAAAGUAUCAGUGGUUCAGACGAUACACUACCUAUACAUUCAGAUGGAAUAUUGUGAAAAGAGCACAUUACGGGAUACUAUUGACCAAGCAUUGUGUGAAGAUACCCGUCGUCUUUGGAGACUUUUCCGAGAAAUUUUGGAUGGAUUAGCUUACAUCCAUGAAAAAGGAAUGAUUCACAGAGAUUUGAAACCUGUAAACAUUUUUUUAGAUUCUGAGGAUCAUGUGAAAAUUGGUGAUUUUGGGUUAGCUACAGAUCACCCAGCAAAUACAGCUGAUUCUAAACAAGGGGAAGAUCAUUCAGACAGCAGUCUCACUAAGCCUGACCCAUCGGGUAACUUAACAGGGAUGGUUGGCACUGCACUAUACGUGAGCCCAGAGGUCCAAGGAAGCACUAAAUCAGCAUAUAAUCAGAAAGUGGACCUGUUCAGCCUGGGGAUAAUAUUCUUUGAGAUGUCCUACCAUCCUAUGAGUACUGCAUCAGAAAGGAUCUUCGUUCUGAGCCAAUUAAGACUUCCUACUAUUGUAUUUCCAGAAGACUUUGAUGAAGUGAAACAUGCAAAGCAGAGAUUGGUUAUUAGUUGGCUUUUGAAUCAUGAUCCUGCAGCACGGCCAACUGCCAUGGAGCUGCUAAAGAGCGAACACCUCCCACCUCCCCAGAUGGAGGAGUCUGAAUUGCAUGAAGUACUUCACCAUACCUUAGCCAACGUUGAUGGGAAAGCUUACAGGACUAUGAUGAGUCAGAUAUUUUCACAACGCAUCUCCCCAGCAAUAGACUAUACCUAUGAUAGCGAUGUGCUAAAGGGUAGUUUUUCGAUUCGGGCAACUAAGAUACAGCAAAACGUGUGUGAGACUGUCAGCCAGAUCUUUAAAAGGCACGGAGCUAUCAAGUUACCCACCCCACUGCUAAUGCCUAGAAACAGGAAACUGUAUGAACAUAAUGAAGCUUCAUAUUUCAUGGAUCACAGUGGGAUGCUGGUGAUGCUGCCUUAUGAUCUCAGGAUUCCUUUUGCAAGAUUUGUAGCUAGAAAUAGUAUAUCAAACUUGAAAAGGUAUUGUAUAGAGCGAGUUUUCAGGCCUCGGAGAUUAGACCGUUGUCACCCCAAAGAAAUCCUGGAAUGUGCAUUUGACAUUGUCACUUCCACUGGAAAUAGCUUUUUACCUAUAGCAGAAACAAUCUAUGCCAUUUCAGAAAUCAUCCAUGAAUUUCCAGUUCUACAGGAAAGAAACUACAGCAUCUACCUGAACCACACUGCCUUAUUGAAAGCUAUACUCUUGCACUGUGGAAUACCAGAAGAUAAACUCAAUCAAGUUUACAUCAUUCUGUAUGAUGUUGUGACUGAAAAGCUAACUAAAAGAGAAGUGGAAGCCAAAUUUUGCAAUCUUUCUUUGUCACCAAAUAGUCUUUGUCGACUCUACAGGUUCAUUGAGCAGAAGGGAGAGUUAAGCAGCAUAUUCCCAAUUCUAAACACAAUGAUAAAACAAAAAACAGGUGUCACGCAGCUGGUGAAGCAUGGCAUGAAAGAUUUAGAGGAAGUCAUAAGUCUCUUAAAGCAGCUUGGCAUAAAACUUCAGGUUUCUAUAAAUUUGGGACUGGUAUACAAAGUACAGCAGCACAAUGGAGUUAUCUUUCAGUUUAUAGCAUACAUCAAACGGAGACAAAGAACGGUUCCUGAAAUCCUUGCAGCUGGAGGCAGAUAUGAUCACCUGAUUCCACAGUUUCGAGGGCCACAAACAGUAGGACCAGUUCCUUCUGCUGUUGGAGUCAGCAUAGCUAUCGAUAAAAUUACCACUGCUGUUUCCAGCAUGGAAGACCCUGUUACUGUUAGCUCCUGUGAUUUGUUGGUUGUAAGUGUUGGACAGAUGUCAAUGGGGAGAGCCAUUAACAUUGUUCAGAAACUCUGGACUGCAGGAAUUUCAGCUGAAAUCAUGUACGACUGGUCCCAGUCGCAAGAGGAAUUGCAGGAGUAUUGCAGAUAUUCUGGAAUUACAUAUGUAGCUCUUGUCUCUGAUAAAGAAGGAAAUCAUGUAAAGGUGAAAUCGUUUGAAAAGGAAAGGCAGACAGAGAAAAGGAUUUUAGAAUCUGAUUUAGUAGAACACCUGGCCCAGAAACUGAAGACCAAAGUCUCUGAUGAAAGAAAUAACAGGGAAACUUCAGAUAAUCUCUCAAUACAAAAUUUAAAGGGAUCAUUUUCUAACACUUCAGGUUUAUUUGAAAUGCAUGGAACUUCUAUAGUUCCAACUGUGAGCAUUAUAGCACCUGAGAAAUUGUCUGCCAGUGCCAGACGACGUCAAGAAAUUCAGGUGCAAACAAGACUGCAGACGUUCAUCACUAACUUGCAACAGAAAAUAAGCGAGAUUGAAAUUCUGGCAGUUGAUCUACCAAAAGAAACUAUAAUGCACUUCUUCUCACUAGAAUAUGAUGGAGACGAACAGUCAUUUUAUGCAACUGUGAAACAACUGAUGUCACGAUUACCAAAGCAGAAAUACCUACAAGCAGUUUGUGAUGAAAUUUAUAAUAUCAAAGUAGAGAAGAGAGUUCCUGUGCUUAUCCUGUACAGUUAUCGAGAUGAUCACUACAAAGUUCUAUUUUAGUUCUUAAAAAAACCCUGUUACUGGGGUGUUUCAGUAGCAGCACUUGACUUUAGAAAAAGCUCCAUGCCCUAAACAAAAAACAUUCUAUCAACUCUGCCACUGUUCUGCACAUAUUUCAAGAAGCUGUGAUAAAAGCAAGGCAGGGCAAAUACUGUUUAUUUUUUUUAGUGUAAAGUGUUUAAGGUUUUGUAUGCAAUAACUGUAACAUACAUUGUCUAAACAAAUUCAAAAUAAAUGUUUUAUAAUCACGCACUAGCCAUGCAUUGUAUUUUAACUGGACUCCAUAAUGAUAGUAUUUGUUUGCUCAGUAGCAGCCACGUUGACAUGGCAAGUGUACUGUGCCAGACAAAAGUACCCUCAAAUGCCAUGUGCCUCUGGAAAGGGAGAGCAAUGCAAGUCCCACUUAUAUUCUGGUCUGGGAGGAUUAAUUAAUAAGGCAGUGCCACUCAGCAAUAGCAAUUAGUGCCUGGCACAUGUGACCCUAAUUACUUCUGAUCCAAGAAGCAGCCUGUAGGAGGCAGCACAUACACUGCUCCCCAGUGGAAAUGUGUGAUGCACUUUGAGCCUGAAGACUGAUUCUGGGAAAGGAAUUUUCCCCAGGUGAAGACUCUAAGCAGAAUUCUUACUGCACAUUACUUGAAAUUUAAAUAAGUACUGAAGCCUCUUGAAAGAAUAUGACUAUACUUAUACUUCAGAAGCAAGUUGUGAGGCAAUUCUUGUGAUCCUCUAAAACUGAACAUUGUAACCUACAGACAGGACUGUGAUUGGCAAGCUGAAACAGUCUUUCAGUUCAAAAGCUCUUACUGAAUUUCACUUACUUUUUGUUCUAGUUCUAGAAUAGUGAGAAGACAAUGCACUUUAUCAAUUUUUUUUGUAUUUGUACCAUAUUUACUCAAUUCUAAUAAGGUGUCCCAUCCCACCCUGCAAUUUAACAUGGAAGAAAAAAACCCUUGUCAUAACAAUUAGGACUGUAAAGCUUCAGUAGCUAAUUUGAUUUGGUGGAAAUUUGGCAGCUGAAUCUCCAAAUCAAAACUGGGAGACUUAUUAAGAGGUCUGAAUAGAAUCAGAAACCUCUGAAUCGAUUUGGAGAGAUUCAGGGCUAAUUUGGCUGUAGGCUAUACAGGUUUCCCUCGCAUAAAGUGAACCCACUUUAUAAUGGAACAAAUAGGUAUAGGUUCCCAAGGUGGUGAGGGGGGCUGGGACUAGGGAAUUGGGGAGGGGGGGCAUUUCUGGGGCUGCACUGUGCUCUGCAUGCGUGUCCCCCACCACCACCCACCUGGGCUCUGCCUGCCCCCACUCACCCCAUGCUGUGGUACAGGCAGCUGGUGUUGGUUGCUUCCAAGGCCACUGCAGCAGAGGCUGGGGGGAGUGGCAGCAAGCAGGCACAGGACCCAGCGCAGCCUGUCCACUCACCCUAGCCUCUGCUGCAGUGGCCCUAGGAGCAACUGGCACCAGCUGCAACAGGAACUGUCAGUGGAUGUGGGGGGAAGGGCACAUCCCUUGCUGCUCUGCACCCAACCCCUGAGAGGGCUGUGGGCUGUAUGUUCCUGAGGGGGUGUGUGCCCCAGGAUUUGCACAGGGGAUGACAGCAGGCUCCUACUGCAGGCUGGAGCCAGCAGCAGCACCAGGCUGGCUGAUUCUUCCCAGUGCUCAGGGUAGACAUACCAAGCACCAGGAACAACCCAUACUGUCCCAUACAACUAUACCAAGAAGACUGAAGUUGACACCAAACUCAAUGGCUUUAGGUGUUAAGUAGCCUUAAUCCUAGAUAUUUAUAUCAUACUUACACAACUGCCUUAAGAUCCUUGAGACUCAGGAGUAUAACUAGUUCUUCUACUUCCACAUAGUUUACUUCUGACUUAAUAAACUAACCUAGAUCAAUUACCUAUCUAUAAAAGUUCUUCCAUGUACUGAAUUAGUAGGGGUUUUUGGUUUUGUUUUUAAGUAUAUUACCUUUUAUUUAGUUAAAUAAAUAGAUGCUUCUAGUAACCAAACUUUUCAGUACUGCAGUUUUCCUUUACAAUAAAAUGUAGAUACCCCAUUUCUUAUAGCAUAAUCCUGAACAAACAGUGGGGAGGAAUCGCUUACCUCUUUACGAAGGAAGAGAGACCUAAUCAGAAGUUCAGGGCAUUUCAAAGCAAAAACUGCAGGAGGUGGGCUUGGUUCUUACCCCUAGGGCCUGCAAAUGGUGUCAGAACUGUUUGAAUCCCAAGUACACAUAAACAGGUUAAUUCCUAGUUGUUUACUGGGGAAUGUUAUUAAGAGUUAUUUUAUUCAAAUUGAUUUAUUUUGUUUAACUGAAACAAUUAAGCGUAACCAUUUCGUAUCUACUCCUAGCAAGGAGCUACCACAGUAGUUACAGGUUAACCAUUUAUCUAAGAAUCAAAUCUUUGUAUACAUCUUAAGGAUGAUGCUUUUUACCGCUAUUGACCUAUGCUCACUCCUAGAAACCAUGAAGGAGGUGAAAAAUAAAAUGUCAGUGUUCCUAAGAUUACUUAGUGUCCACUUUCCCAGUAGUUCAUACUAGGCUUUCAGUCACAGAGACUCAAGAUCCUGUCCUGGCAUUUCCUUGUGACCAGGCCUCUCUCCUUCCCUGCUGCCUCCCUCCCAAGUUUACACUGGCUAUCUCAAGUAAAAAUACAAAAUAGAACAGCAAUACAAG